AUGGAGGAGGUAUAUGAGCAACAAAAAGAGCUUAUUUUACUUGGUGAGAGAGUUGUACUUGCCACUCUGGGUUUCGACCUCAAUGUUCAUCAUCCUUAUAAACCCCUCGUUGAAGCAAUAAAGAAAUUCAAGGUCGCUCAAAAUGCUCUUGCUCAAGUUGCGUGGAACUUUGUAAAUGAUGGGCUGAGGACCUCGCUCUGCCUGCAAUUUAAGCCUCAUCACAUUGCGGCAGGUGCCAUUUUCCUUGCUGCCAAGUUCCUCAAAGUGAAGCUUCCAUCUGAUGGGGAGAAGGUCUGGUGGCAAGAAUUUGAUGUCACCCCACGCCAAUUGGAGGAGGUUAGCAAUCAAAUGCUGGAAUUGUACGAGCAAAACAGAGUGCCCCAAUCUCAGGGUAGUGAAGUGGAAGGAAGUGCUGGUCCGGCAUCAACUCAUCGGGCCCCAAAAACUCCAGCACUAAGUGAAGAACAGGCUUCAAAGCAACUUUCAUCCCGUCCAGCUAGUGAACACUUGCAUCUAGAAAACCAUGGAGCAGCACCAAGAACAUCUCAAAGUAACCAAAAUAACGAUGACGGAAGUGGAGAGAUGGGUAGUGUUAUUACUGACCAUAAGGUGGAUGCUGAAACUAAAGAUAAUCAGCAUCCUGAGGAAUUGUCUCACAAGGAUAAUUCAAGAGAAGUUCAAAACAAAUCUAAAUCUGGGAUUGAGCGAAUCGCUGAAGACCAAGGAAGGGCUGGUGGAAGGAAUGAUGCUGCAGAUGCAGGAGAAUGGAGAGAUGAUGGUGCAUCACGCAAAUCUAGCAGCGUUGUUGGUCGAAAUGUAGAUAUUCGGGAAGGUCCUGUGAGCCAGUCGCCCAAAGAAGCUAUUAAGAUGAUUGACAAAGAUAAGGUUAAGGCAGCUCUAGAGAAAAGAAGAAAGUCUCGUGGUGAAACAAGGAAAAAGGAUUAUAUGGAUGAGGAUGAUCUUAUCGAGAGGGAGCUUGAAGAUGGUGUUGAAUUGGCAGUUGAGGAUGAGAAAAUCAAGCGGGAGCAUAGGCAAAGCUGGUCAAAAUCACAUGAGAAUUCAGAUCAUGGAAAGGAACCUGUGGAAACUGGAGAUGACAACAAUUUUGGCACCAAAGGACAGUCAUCAAGGGGAUCUGAAACUGAGAAUGCUGAAGAAGGGGAAAUGGUUGAUGAUGCUUCCCCCAUGGUGAACGGUCGAAAGAGAAAAGCCGGGAGCCCAGUGGAUAGGUCAUUGGAAGGAAAGAAGCGACAUGAGUACAUGUCAAGUUACAACCACGACAACGUAGAAGAUGGACACAAGAUGAAUCGCUCUAAUUAUGCAGAUAGAGAAUACAGAAGGCAUCCACAAGAGAAUCAUUUGUGAGGUAAAAAACGAUAUCUGGAAUUGGCUUUACAUGGUCUUAUAUUCUUUUGUCAAUGAUGGCUGACCAUUACUAUGAUCUAUAUCUUUGAACACCCGAUGAAUUAAACGGUCAGUCUGAUCUUUGGACACUGAAACUUUUGCUGAUUGUAUUACAAUUAGUUUGAUUUUGGGGUUGCCUGUAAUGGCUCAUAGUUUUAUUGUAAAACAUGUUGAGAAAUGAGGAUGCUUCAAUCUCUCUUAUAAUGAAAGAGCCCUGAGAAAGUAAGAGGUUUUUUUUUU